AGGGGACCAUUAGGUCUCAGGGUCGUCUGAGAAGACCAAAGAAAAUAUCCUUUCAUUUUUGUUGUAUUAUUUGAUUAUAUAAUUUGUGUUUUGGUCGACUUUUAUAUCAAUUGGCACACGCGAUGGAUACAUUGGGCAUAUGAAAAGGAACGCUUAAAGCCAUAUGGGAAAACGUUCGUUUCAAAAGAAUAAAUCGAGUUAAAUGGCGCAAUGCCAUUGCCGGUGGCGACGGGUGCUCCUGUGCCUGUGCUGUGCUUCCAGUGUCCUGGUAGGGUCUCUCUGUGUGUACAUCACCCUGGCUGUGUGUUAUGGUAUGACCACCAGUACAGGCCUGAGCAGCUCUGCCCCUAUCUUACAAAUUCUACCAGAGAGCUUCAUUGCACCAGGGCUUACCAGAAAUGACUACCUGGCCCCACACCCCACCAACUCCUUCUGGGACCCCAAGCCCCACGGAGGGGCCCUCUGGAACCGUCUCCAGCUACCCAUUGACCGCCAUUACAAUCCCAUCCUGAAGCCCAAAUCCAGCAAAGAGCACAAUGACCAUCUUGAUACCAAUAAUAAUAAUGCAAACUAUUUGCGGCUUUCCCUUCCCACCUUGAGUGCAGGGUUCUCUGAGAUCGGGAACUUGACAUCUCAAAUGGAUGAUUUUCAGAAGCUGCCCCUGCAGAUGCAGAUGUUUGUGUACUCCAUGCACUUCAGGGACUACCCUGUCCUCAUUGAGCCUGCUAAACUGUGUGGACGUGGGCUAAAGAAGGGGCAGGGCCCUCUCCUACUGCUGGCCAUCAAGACCCAGGGCAUGAACUUUGAGAACCGCCAGGCCAUCCGGCAGACAUGGGGCUGGGCGGGGUGGGUGGCAGGGGCGACGGGGAAAGGCGGGGUGGUGCGGAGGGUCUUCCUCCUGGGGAAGAACCAUGUAGAACCCCAUGUGGACAUCAGUGAGUUGCUGCAGCUGGAGAACCGCCACUACGGGGACAUCCUCCAGUGGGACUUCCACGACUCCUUCUUUAACCUCACCCUGAAGGACGUACUGCUGUGGGACUGGCUCUCCACCCACUGCCCCCUGGCACGCUUCGUCUUUAAAGGGGACGACGACGUCCUGUUGCGGACCCCUGCUCUCUUAGACUACCUCCGGGAGCAGACGAUCCAGUCAGGUGCGCCCGGGUCAGAGGGUAUGAAGGGAUUCAUGGUAGGGGAUGUGAUACGAGCGGCUGUCCCCAACAGAGUCAACUCUACUAAGUACUUUAUUCCUGAUAGUUUCUAUAAGGGGCUGUACCCUCCGUACGGGGGUGGGGGAGGUGUGGUGUACUCAGGGGAGCUGGCCCUGCGGCUCAACCGUAUCUCCCGGAGAGUUCACCUGUACCCCAUUGAUGAUGUCUAUGUGGGCAUGUGCCUCCACAGGCUUGGGGUCCACCCCAUCCACCACCCCGCCUUCCUCACCUUCGACUUCCCCAAGAAAGAGGGGGUAGAGCAGUGUGCGUACCACACUAUCUUACUCGUACACAAACGUAGCCCUGCUCAGGUGAUGAAGCUGUGGUUGGAGAUAAUGACGAACCAGACAGAGUGCAGCAACACCAUCCUGAGAAUGGAGAAGGAGAAAAAGAAUACACUUCUGAUAGAUCCAUUUAGUGUGAAAGACAACGAGGGACAGGAACUUCUGACGGAUCCAUGGGAUAGUUCUGGAAAUUCAGCUCUAUUGUGAGGUAAUCACUGACUGAUUUAAAACUGACAAUGGAUGGAUGGUGAUGGAGAAGGAAUGCUACCACUUGAGAAUAGGGAAGAGCCUGCAGGACCUUCUGAAAGACCCUUGGGGUAUGCCAGAAACUUCCACUCCACACUGAGGUAACCACUGACUAGUUGUUAUAAAACUGAAGGUGAUUAAUUGACUGUUGAGAAGGUA